CACUUUUAGUUGUCAUCGUUGUCAUUUUAAUUUUCCAUCAUUUGGAAAUUGAUGUAUUAAAUUUAUUUUUUAACUCAAGUACAAAACAUAGUUUUAGCAAUUGUCGAAAACAGUGCAGUCUUUAAGAUAUAGAUGUAUCGAAAAACAUGUAAAUGAACUUAAUUUAUUUAGCAGUUAUGUUGGCAAUCUACUGACCUUUUUCCCACUACCACUAAUCACCUAUAAAUAUGGCAAAUAUCGAAAUUAGACAUCUGCUUCAGAUAAAUAGGAUACCAGAAAGUGAUAUCACCUUAAUAUUGUUCAUACUCUACCUCCCCGUUGGAUUAGUAUUAAUACUAUUAAGAUCAUUUAUACUCUUGAGUCUCUUUCUCAUCACUCAGGUUUUACCAGACACACCAGUUUCUCAGAAACUCAUUAAUAGAAUAGCAUGUGUAGGAUUAGGAAUAUCAAUUCACGUCGAAAAUCCUAAAGUUAAGGACAAUGUCCAUAUGUACAUUAGCAAUAGUUUAUCUAUUUUCGACCAGAUAGCAGUUUGUAGUGCCUCUGGAGCUGUUUCGCCUAGCUGCAGAACGACUCUAGAAAAAGUAUUAGGGCUUAGUACUUAUUGCUUUGGAUCGAUCACAAAUCUGGAUAAUUUUAAGAAUAAUAUCAAACAAUUUAUGGUAGAAAAGAAAUCACCUUUGUACUUUGCCCCAGAAGAAAAACUCACCAACGGAAAGGCGCUUUUGAAGUUCAAAACAUAUCCAUUUGAGUUUGCCAAUAAGGUUCAACCUGUCUGCAUUAGAAUAGAGAGGCCAUUUUUGGACGUAGCUGUCACGACUGUAGGAUCAACAUUCGUUAGUGAUAUGUUAUAUUUUCUUUUUGUACCAAUAACUAAUUACAAACUCACUUUCUUGGCUCCCUUAGAAAAGAGAACAAUGUCUGACGAUGAAUUUGGAGAGAUAGUGCGGCAGAAUAUGGCUACAUCUUUAAAGAUACAAAUAACCGAUUAUACCUCACACGAUUUAGCAGAAUGGGAGAAAAGAACAUUGGCAGAUCCUCCACAAAGGCCGCAAACCCGGUUUGCUAACAGAACUAUGAAUCCUGAGCUGCAAAGGAUGGGUAAACAAGUGAAAGAAGUUUUGCCCCAUGUUCCACUUACCGCUAUUUAUAGUGAUCUAUAUGUAACUAGAAACGUAGACAUAACAAUAACAAACAUCCUAGAGGGACGCGUCGUCUUCACGCCCGAGCAACCUUCAGCAACUACCACUAGCCUACCUUCAACUUCGUCUAUUUCACCUAGUUCUAACGUAACAGGAGCUUCCACUUCCGGCGGCAGUAAAACGUCCUUCAACACUGCCGCCUCCUCGUUUCCCAGAUCUGCAUCCGAGCGCAGCAGGUCGUUCCAGGAACGCAAGGAACAGCUGAUCGCCACCGCAAGAAGGCGCUAUAUCGAAAAACACAACCUCGAUAUACCGAUUUAGAGUUCGAUCUGAGACUAACGCGACUGAAAUGUUGAUGAAUGUCAAUUUUAUUGAAGAUGUAGUUAAUUUUACAAUAUAUUUUUAUUUUUGAACAUCUACACUUUACGAAAAAAAAAAUUAAUUAAUGAAUAGCAUCUCUCUAAAGUGGCUUGUGAAGUAAUAAAGAUCGUUAAUCUCUAAUUGAAACCACAAAUUGUAAAAACAAAAUUUAUUUGAUUAGUCCAGUCGGGUUAGACGAAUAACAAGCCUAACCUUGCAUUAGGAGCUGCCCCAAAUUUUAUUUUUAUAAUCUUUAGGGGGGGGGGUCAAUAGUAGUGUAAAUUUAAAAUCCACCAUCUUGAUUUUAAAUGAGAACCGUUUUGGCUCAAUAUCUCCGUAAUUUUCAACUUUUCGACAAAAAGUAAGAGAACCAAAAUUGUUAAAAAUGUGAUUUUCUAUAAUUUAUAUUCCUACAAUUUUUCGUGCGGCCAAUAUUUUCCGAGUUAUGGCAGAAAAUAGUGGUAGUUAGAGCAUAAUUAUUGAAUUAUCUCGUUUAUUAUUAGUUUUACGGCAAAAAUGUACCUAUACAAAAAUGGAGAGAAUUAAGUUCUACACAAUUUUGAUUUCUUUAUUUUUUUUGCUAAAAUUAAUAUUUAAGGUAGUACGUAUGCGGUAAUCACGCGAGCUUAAGGUGAUACAGUAGCGAUCAACAGGUAGCCAAAACGCGUUCCAAGAUUGCGGCUGUAAUUUUGAAUAUUUUUUCGAGAUAUUUGGCACACGUAUUCGUAAUAUUCGCGGUGUGCAAGUACUUGGAAAGGGAAACGAGAAACGACCGUGCGCGAGUCGCGGAGAAAUAUUGCAACUAUCUUAAAUAAUUCAUAUUGUCAAUUGAAAUUGUCAAAUUGACGUAUAUUUCAUACCUUCUGUCAUUGACGCAGAAAAAUUAUAUAUUGCUCCACAAUAUUGAUAUGAUAUGCAAUUAUUAUAUAAAGGUAAAUUUAAUUAAUUGUAUUUUGCUUGCAGUACUGCAUUUUAAUAACUGAUUUUAUUUACUACAUACAAUUAGGCAUUCCAAUGAAACGUCAAACAUGGCCGGGUGUGGGCAAAAUCUAACCUUACAUUGACAUUAAUUUGUAAAUAAAAUCCUGUUUGAUUGUUUUUGUAUGUUAAUUGUGUAGGGAAAUCUGCGAAAUUGUGAUAACAAAUUAAAUAUUAAGUGGUUUAUCGCCUACAGAACUGAAUUAUCCCAUAUUAGUUACCAGUUUGUGUCAAUAACUACUAUGGGAUAAUUCAGUUAUGUAGGCGAUAAACUAGUUUAUAUUUAAUUGCUAUCACAAUUUGGUGCACAAUUAACAAUAAAAAACAAAACCAAACAGGAUAUUCUUUACAAAAACUGAUGUAAACCCUAUAUUAUUAAAUUUUUGCCCACUGCCGGCCAUAUUAUAUCACGUGAUUUGGAAUGGUCAAUUGUUUACGUUUGCUAAACAUAACCUGCAUCUUAUUUUUUCUUCUUAUUAUUUUUUUGGACUAUGGUCUUGACAAUUAUCCAGCAACCAGGACUAAUAUAAUUGGCCAAUAUAAUUAAAAGUGCGAAUAAAAGUACAGAGCGUAGAAAUAGAGGUCGCUUUGCCGAACUUGCACGGUCCCAAUAAUAAAGAAUGGCGGUACAGAGCCGAAUUUGAAAAAUAUAUUAAUAUGUGGAAAUUACUCUGUAAUUAAAUACAAUAUUAAAAAAACGAGCCUGUACCGCCAUUAAGAAGAACAAAAAAAUACACUUUCUUCAAAUAAACUUUUUUAUCCGAUGCCUAGAGUUUGUGUCAUUUUGGAACUUUAAGACUUGAUUGAUUUAUUAGCAAUUGUUUUUGUUCAAUAUCUACGCCAUUUUCAACUAAAAUUGUUUCCAAAUAUGAUUUCCUUCAAAUUAUUUUUAAAUUUUUUUUAUGCGGUUGAUAUUUUCCGAGUUAAUUGGGAAAAUAGUAAAAAGUGGUGGUGGGGGGGGGGCAUAAUUAUCGAAUUGAAUCUUGUUUCCGAGCUGCCCCAAAUUGUAUAAUUCUAUCCUUUAGGGGAGAUCAAUAUUAGUGUAAAUUUAAAAUCUCGACUGAAUUCCGCGCUUGAAUUAGCCGCCAUAUUUAUUUUAAAGGAGAACCGUUGUUGCUGAAUAUCUCCGCCAUUUUCAACUUCUCGACAAAAAGGGUAGGAACUUAAACUGUUGGAAAUGCAAUUUCCUACAAUUUCUGUUGCACAAUUUUUUUUAUGCGAUCAGUAUUUUCCGAGUUAAGGGGGAAAAUAGUGGAAGCGGAGGGAAAGUAUAAUUAUUUAAUUGUCUUAUUUAUUAUUAACUUUACGACAUAAUUAUUGUAUACAAACAAAAAUAAAGAGAAUUAUAUUUUAUACAAUUUUUGAAACUCCCAAUGAAACACCAACCAAAGUAAGUGCAUAAGAGACAUAACUUAUAUGCAUUAAUUUCACUUAAUCUUAUUAAUUAGCCGGUUUUAUGGGUUGCAGUUGUCUUUCGAUAUUUUAAGUUUCAUGUCAGUUUCAUAUGUAACAUAUUUUUAUAUUUCAACAAUUUUUUUUAAUUUUGGGCUUUUUUGGGAGAAAUUUACUCACUUCCCCCCCCCCCUCGUAGACCCGCCACUGGUUCUCUCGAAAAGUUGUAGUAAAUCGUAAUUGCAACAAUUUCAGUCCUUACACUUUUUGUCGAAAAGUUGAAAAUGGCGGAGAUAUUGAACAAAAACAAUUGCUAUAAAAUCAAUCAAGUCUUACGCUCUCACAUUUACCUCAUACGUAUUACCUUAAAUAUUGAUUUUAUCAAAAAGUGAAAGAGAUUAAAAUCGUACACAAUUUAAUUCUCUUCAUUUUUGUAUAGGUACUUAUUUGUUGUAAAACGAAUAAUAAACGAGAUAAUCCAAUAAUUCAAUAAUUAUGCUCAAACUGUCACUAUUUCCCCCCCAUAACUCGGAAAAGAUCGACCGCACGAAAAAAAUUAUAAUAAACGAAAUUAUAGAAAAUCGCAUUUUCAACAAUUUCAGUUUCCACACUUUUUGUCGAAAAGUUGAAAAUGGCGGAGAUAUUGAGUAAAAACGGUUGUCGUUUAAAAUCAAGAUGGCGGCGAACGCAACGGUGGAAUUCAGUCGAGAUUUUAAAUUUACACUACUAUUGACACCCACUAAAGAUUAGAGAAAUAAAAUUUGGGUCAGCUCGUAAUGCAAGGUCAAAUGCUAUCCCGACUGGGCUAGAAAUAUUCAGGAGGUGUUUUGGCAUUUGUCAUCUUCAGCUUUAUAAAUUAGAAGAAGCUACGUCUGAAAGUGAGCAAGUGCCUUUUCUAAACGUUUACUUAAGUUAUAUUUUAAGGCAAGGCAAGUAACAUAUGACUUAAGUAAACGAUUACAAAAGGCAAGUAACCUGCCAACAUUACUUGCUUUCUUACUGGCUUCGUGUACGAGUAUACCGGCCUUAAAGGCAAUACUUUGUGUGCUAUUUUUUAUUGUGAAUAUAUGAAACAAUUUUAAUAUACGUAAUAGAAAUUAUUAUUAAAUCGAGAGAUAUCCUUCUAUUGUGAUUAAUUAGUAUAUUAUUCAACGAGCAUGUAAUGAUGGCUAUUACUCACGAUGAUGAAGUUUGCGACACGAGCCGUAGGCGAGUGUAGUAAUUCAUCAGAGUGAGUAAUAGCCAUUACAUGCAAGUAGAAUACUAUACUUUGUCUACGACCUUUUUUAUUUGGAUUAGUAGAAAAAUAUAAUUAUCAACUACCUACUAACAUUAUUUAAAACGAAAUAUUUUAUUUUUCAUAAGAAAAUAUAUUUUAUAUAACUAUGGCAACACUGUUAGAAUUACACUCGUUGAGCUUAUGAAACAAUAAACAGUUGUCAUUAUGUCAUGGAAUGGCGGUGGCUUUUAAAAAUAAGACAUAUUUUAAGGCAAUUGCAUGAAAAAGAACGUGUGCUCUCAAUUAAAAUCUAUUGUACAAUGAACAGUAAGUAAAACAGAAUUCAUUGAUAUGAAUUUCAUAUCCGUAAGUCCUUUUACGAAAUUAAUACCGAUUGUUUAUUGUUUACCUUUUUAUAACGUCAAUCUUAAAAUGUCGAAUGUUGAAAUUUAAACGUAAAAAAUAUACUAACCCAUUGUUAAAGUUAAGAAUCCUUUAAACAUUUUUCAAAUUUAAUUGUUCAUAUAAAUUACAAUGAACAUUUUAUUAAAUAAACAAGUUUAAGUAAUUUUAUUUGGUAAUAGGUAUAUUAAAAGUGCCAUGCACCACUUGAAUCUAACUUCAACCCGUGAGUAAUGAUCCGCGAGUAACUUCAGCCCGUGAGUAAUGAAUUAUUACUCACGGGUAAAGUAAUGGGUGUUAUUAUCUAUUUAAAAAUAGCGAAUAAUGAGUAUAUUAUUAAACGGUCGUAGAAAAAGGUUUUUAUAUACUAAAACCCUAAUUUUAGCAGAAAUAACCUCAAAAAAUUGCCUACAACUUACCAUAUGAAUAGUAGUUGUAUUUAUGUUAUAUUCGUAAAAGAUAAAGAGGAAAAUGUAGGUACCUGUAAAUUUCCUAUAGUCACCUGUAGACCAUAAAUCACAAAAAAUAUUAAAAAUCCUGUAUAAAAGUUAUACAUAUUUAUAUUAAAAAGACCCAUUCGGGCUACAGCACAGAACGUUUUCAUGACAAUUCCAUCAUCAGUGAUGAUGACAAACCUAUCAACAGAAUUUAGCAGCCUAGAAGUCAGUAACAAGAAUAUGUCUACAUUAAUGAAUUACUAGAAAGUCAAAAACACAUCAUCUAUACAUACACAAUACAAAACAAAUCAGAAUUCGAUAUCGACCCCAAGGUUCAACUCGAAACUUGGCUAUCUACGUGCAAGAUCGAGGCCAGAUGAGUCGCCUGUCAAAUUUGGCCAAAAACAGCGACCACUAACUGCAAAAAUCGUAGAAACCUCUUUCUUUAAUUUAUGAUUUUUAAAAGGCCUUCUAAUUUGUAAACGGUUUCCGGAGUAAAAAUCGAAAGGUCAAAAACAAAUAUAAAAUCUGUUUUUUAUUACAAUCAAUUAUGGCUUAAUCCCAUAUAAAUGUAAUAUUUCUCUUAAUUUUUCCAGUAAUUUACAUAGAUUAUUUCAUUCAUAGAGAUUUUGACCAAUAGAAAGCUACAGAAAUAAAAAUUACAGCGAUAAUUUUUGAUAAUUUCCCGUCGUCAAGUAUUACGUCAGAUGCCCUUCAUUGCUACGCAUAAUUGAACAUUCAGUGACAUUAAUGACAAUUAAUGUUUUACAACUUAUCAAAGAGAACACCAGGAACAGGUUUAGCAAAUAUUCAGGCGAAGAUAUCAAUAAAAUAUUAGUUACAAUGGUUUAAAAACCAGUUUUAUUCAUGAAAUAAUCAAAUUACUCUCGAGCUCGAAUUAUCGAUUUGUUUUGCCCUCGUGACACUUUGACAUAAUUUCACUCCCCUUCGGGUCGUGAAAUUAAAACUGUCGAAAUGUCACUCGGGAUACAAAUCGAUAAUUUUAGAGAUCUUCUUGUAAUAAGUACUGAUAAUUUUAGCUACAUCUCCGAUAAUUGACAUUUUAUUCUAGAGUGACCGACCCAUUCUGCAGCGAGUUGAUUAACAAAUGUGUACAGCUUAUAACUAUAUAUUUUAUAUACGUAAAAUAGGGCUAUACAAGAAAUAAGGAAUCUGUGGAAUUACUUGAUGAUGAUUAGAAUAUUUUUGUUUUUUCUUUUUCAUUAAUUUUGUCUUAUUAUAAGAUUUUUCAUGAUAAAUGUCAUCUGUCAAUGACGUGCCGUCAGAAUAUUUAUUUUAAAGCUAUUUUUGAAACAUUCGAACUCCUACAGAAAGUUGGGAAGUUAAUGUAUAACAAUAAAACUCCAACUAUGGAAGCCGAUUGCUAAGACUUCGCCUAGCUCAGUCACUCAGGUGUCAGUUCAUCUUGCCUUAGUCGAAAAAAUGAACAAUGAGUCUUGAAGGGACAAAUAAAAUUUAAAAUUAACUAUAAUCAUAUUUAUUUAGCAUUAAAAACAAUCCUCCUCCUCCUAAGUGUCUUCUCUAUUGAGGUUGGCGAUCAAUAUGGCAAAUUCCUCUCUGUUCUGUGCUUGAUAUUUCGGAGCCAGGAUUUCUUCUUUCUUCCUAUACCCCUUUUAUCUUCGAUUUUGCAUUCUAAUAUUACCUGGAGUCGCUCAAAUUCCCUAUGGCGCAUUAUAUAGAUAUGGCGUCUUUCUACUUUUGAAUGUAUUGAAAUUUGAAUUUUGUGCAUUUUAAUGAAAUGAUAUUUAAAUAUAGUGCAGUCAUUGAAGCGUAAAAUAGGUUUUUACCUCCGAAAUUUUUUACUAUGAACCGAUUUACAUGAGAUUUUGGAAUUAGGUUUAUCCUACCCUUAACUUCAAAAGUGAUAUUGACCCGAACUCCGCUUUUUAUUUUUAAGGGGUGAAAACAACCCCUUAAUGGAAAAAUUGACAUUGAGCCAUUUUAUCGCCAGAAAACGUGUUUAAUAAUAAAGAGUGACGUUGUCAAGUGUUUUCUAACACAAUAACCUCAUGCUAAACUCAUUUUCAUCCCCUUGAAAAUCGUACAAUCCUUGCAAACAACCCCAAAAUGGAAAAAAUUUAAAAAAAAAUUAAUUUAGUAUGACAUAAAAAGAUUUAAAUAUAGAGUAAAAAUGAUAUUUUACGUUCUCUAUCUUAAUUAUCAUAUUGUUAACCCCCUUUCAGCCCUUAAAAACAACCACUAAAUAGAAAAAAAUUACAAAAAAUUAAUUUGGUUUAAUAAGAAGACUUAAAUAUAGAGUAAAUAAUAUUUUACGUUCUCUAUCUUAAUUAUUUAAUUGUUAACCCCUUUCAACCCUUAAAAUCAACGCCUCGAUUAAAAAUUGUAUAAAAAAUUUCUUUUGAUAAACUAAAUAGGAUUUAAAUAUCGUUCCACGUUCUCGAAAAAGCUAUGCUGGAAAAUCAUAUGCUCAAGUUCUUUAACCCUUAAAACUACCCCUAAAUUAAAACAUUGGAUAUGUAUGAUUUAGUUUUUGGGCCAUAACUACUUCAAUUUUGAAGCUAGCACAACUUAUAAAAAACCAUUUUGAAAGUAAUUAAAAGAGCAACAAUUUUUUCUUUAUAAUAUGUAGUGAAAAACCUUUUAUUUUGAAACGGUGAAGGGUUAAAGGGCUCGAGGGAGAGACUGUGGUUGCGCUACCGCGCGCUCUUCAAUCAAUCAUAUCUUCGUCAAUUUUUGUGUGAGAGAAAAAACAAACCAAAAUUUUUUUGGAAAAACCUAUUUUUUUUAUUAUUACACUGUUUUACGUAUCUUUCAUUAUUUUUUAGAUAUUAUGAAAAGAAGGUUGUUUUUUUUUUAAUUCGAAAUUUUUUUUUCUUAAAAUCGUGAUAUUUUCAAAAAAUAUGUUUUCCAAAGCAGCAAAACUGCUAUAAUCCAUCAAAAUCUUUAUAUUAAAGUUGAUUCUAGACGGAAUACCAUUAAUUUUAAUUUUGGUGGAAAUGGCACUUAUGAAAUCCAUUGAUUUAAAAAAAACCAUUAGAUGUUCCUCUUUUUUUCAUUACAGCUCACUCAUUUUACGUACAAAAGACUUUUAACAGUGCUCAUUUUAAAGCUUAUUUUAGGCACUAUAAAAUCCUUUCUCAUUAGCAUGCAUAAAAUUUAUUCGCUUUGACGCUAGAUGGCAUUGAAUACAUCGAUUAAAUUUCACACAAUAUAAAAAACGGCUUUGAUCUUCAAUAUCUCGCUUAAUAUUACACUUAGAACACUCUUUAAAAAAAGAAUUUGUUCAUUUUUUUACCUGCUACAAUUUUGUUCAGUAUAAUAUUAUCGUUAAAAUGCAUAUUUUUGGAGAUAUGUAUUUGCAAAAAACUGUGAAAAUCGUGAGAAAAUUCCGAAUUUUCAAUUGCCAAUAACUUGAAAAGUAUUGGGUUUUUGAAAAAACUUUGUAAAACAUUUGUUGCUUAAAAUUAGGUCUUCUACAUAUCUAUCUGAGGUUAUUUUGAAAAAAAAAUUCCAUCACCGAAAAGGGGUGGCAACCACCCCCAGGGUGAAAACGGAGUUCGGGUCAAUAUCACUUUUGAAGUUAAGGGUAGGAUAAGCCUAAUUCCAAAAUUACAUGUAAAUCGGUUCGUAGUAAAAAAUUUCUGAGCUAAAAAGCUUCAAUGACUGCACUACUACAGGGUGUUUCAUUAAUAAUUGUCCAUAUAGUAACUGGAGAAACCUUAGCACAAAAUACGAAGAUUUAACCUAAAACACUUAAAUAAUAUGUGGUUCCUUACUGAGUUACAGGGUGUUUUAUCUAAAAAUUUAAAAACUAUUUUUGCUCAGCAUUUUAAAACUAUUCGACGUAUCCUUUUCAUACUUGGCAGAAAGUAUAGGUACUGUACAAACUACUAAAUUACGUUAAACAAACGUUUCUGGCUAUUACCAGAGGCGUACGACGGGGGAAAGUGAAUGGUUAACCCUUUCCAAAUUCUACGCCACUGGCGGAAUUGCUAUUUUAGUUCAAUUUUUGGAUUCUCCAAUACUUUCUAUGAAAAUAAUAUACUCUUCAUUCGUAACGAUAAAGUCAUUAGUAUUCAAGAUAUUUGAAGUUAAAAAUGAAACGACACGGUUAUUUUGAUUAAUGUAUUGUGUCGCUUCAUUUUUAAUUUCAAAUAUCUCGAAAACUAAUCAUUUUAUCGUUACGAAUGAACAGUAUAUUAACAUAAAAAGUAUUGGAAAAUCAAAAAAUUACACUAAAAUAGCAAUUUCGUCAGUUGCGUAGAAUUUGGGAAGGGUCAACCAGCCACUAUCCCCUGUCGUACGCCUCUGGUAGUAGCUAGAAACGUUUAUUUAUCUUAAUUUAGUAAGGUGUACAGUGCCUACACUUUCUGCCAAGUAUGAUAAGGAUACGCCAAAUAGUUUUAAAGUACUGGGUACAAAUAAUUUUUUAAUUUUAAUCAUAUGAAUCAUAUCAUAAAUUAAUCAAAAUAACUGUGCCGUUUCAUAUUUAACUUUAAAUAUCUCGAAAACUAAUGAAUUUAUCGUUACCAAUGAGGAGUAUAUGAUUUAGGUAGAAAGUAUUGGAGAAUCUAAAAAUGGCACUAAAAUAGUAAUUCGUCCAGUGGCGUAGAAUUUGAGAAUGGUCAACCAUUCACUAUCCCCUGUCGUACGCCUCUGGUAGUAGCUAGAAACGUUUGUUUAUCAUAAUUUAGUAGCUUGUACAGUACUAUCUAUACUUCCUGCCAAGUAUGAAAACGAUACGUCGAAUAGUUUUAAAAUGCUGAGCAAAAAUAGUUUUUAAAUUUUUAGGUAACUCAGUAAGGAACCACAUUUUAUUUAGAUGUUUUAGGUCAAAUCUUCGUAUUUUGUGCUAAGGUUUCUCCAGUUACUAUAUGUACAAUUAUUAAUGAAACACCCUGUAUACAAGCAAAUCUUGCCUAUAGUUUUACAAUAAAAUGGUACUUGGAUUAUUUUGCUUGCUGUGCAGGAUGUAGUUGGACGUUGUUGGCUCCAGAUGAUGUGGGUAGGUCUUAGAUGUUUGCCAUUUUGUCUUCAAGAAGCUGCAUGGUCUCGAAGACAGCUGCCGCCUUAAUUUGGUUCAUUCUACGUGGUGGUUACCCAUCGUCGACGAUAUAGAAAGAAGAAAGGAUAGAAGAUAAUUAUUAAAAAUAUAAAGAUAGAUUAUUGAAGAUGAAAGAGGGAGAAGGCCAACUAUUUUUUGAAGAAAAAAAUAGCAAAACAAAACACAAAAUUAAGAAAUUAAUAUAUUCAAUAGAAAUUGGAACAAAAUAUAUAUUUGUAGCUCAACAGGCCUUAUAGGCCCACGGCUUGGAAUUUCUCCACGGUUUUCCUCAAUUUUCUCCUGUCCAUGGCCGCAGUUCUCCAAUUUGUUAUCCCGAUUAUUUCCAGGUCUUCCUUAGACGCUUCUAGCCACUUUUUUCUUGGUGGUCCUCUUCUCGUCUUUCCUUCCCCUCUUAUCAGCGAGUCCUUUGCCCACCUUCCGUCAGCCAUUCUCGCAAGAUGACCUAACCAACUAAGUCUCUUUGUUCAGACGAUCUGACUUAUUUCUGGUUUCCGGUACAGCUCUCUAAUCUCCGCAUUUGUUCGUCUCCUCCAAACGUCUUCAUUGUCUUUUACUCCCCCGAAUAUCUUCCUUAGGACACUCCGCUUCCAGAUAUUCAACAUCUUUUCUUAAUUUUUGUUCAUGGCCCAUGUUUCGCUUCCGUAAAUAACUGUGGGCUGGAUCACUGUUCGGUAUAGUCCAAUGAAUUGUCAACACGGAUGGAAUGGGCAAGAAGUGAAUUUAAUGCGGCCAGGAUGAGAGAGUCUAGUCAGGGAAGGAUAGAAGAUAAUCGCCAUCUUUCGUAAAAAAAAAUUGAUAGUGGUAGUCAGUGUUGCCAGCUUGGGGUAUUUUCCCACAAUUUUGGAAUAAUUUGAAAGCGUCUAGAAGAAUUUUUCUAAGCAGAAAUGGUUGUGGGGGACAAUUAUGAGAGAUUUUUAAGGGGUCGUGGUAAAUUAAAUUUGCGUAUAUACAUAGAACUGUAUUUUAUACUCUCAUAUAAUCGAAGACGAUAAGACAUAUGAAUUAUUUUCAGGGCCUUCUGUUGAUAAGUAGUAUAAUUUUGGUUUACUGUUCUCUACAUUUGACUACUAAUUUUUUAAAAUGUUGCAAAAAUUUAAAUUUAAGGGGUUUGAGCUUCAAUUUGAAGGAAUUUCAGUUUCUUAGUGGGGGAUUUAUAAAAUCACAUCUGGCAACUCUGGUGGAAUGUUGUAGAAAAUUUUCCCUGCUCUGUCUCUCUCUAGGACCUCUCACUUGUAUGUUAGCCGCAAUCCGGCUUCACUGUUUGAAUGGAACGGGGUCAUUCCAUCCGUGUUGACAGUUCAUUGGUGUAGUCUCAAUUUUGCCUCUCUGGAAAUAUUUUUUGCUCUUAGUAGUUUGUGUAGGGCUCCGACAAUCUUCCUUCCUCUCGAAAUUAUCUUCUCAAUUUCUUGGCUUUCUUCCUCUUUACUUGUUAAGAGUUACACCUAGAUACUCAAACUCCGUCACCUUUUUGAAGCAAUACUCUUUACUCUCGUUGUCUAUGGUGUUUCUUCAUAUGCGGUCUUUCUCAUUUCCACAUACUUUGUUUUUUGCUCAUUAAUCCUCAGUGCAUACUGCUUAGCCUUUACUUCAAAGAGUCUUAAAAUCAAGUAAAAUUUAAUAAAAAUUUUUUUGGCUUGGUAAAAGGUAUAUUAGUUUAAAAAGCCCCUAUAGGCUACAAACAGAAACAAAACGUUUUCGCUCUGUAACAAGAGCAUCAUCAGUGUUACAAGAACAUGGUGAGCCAACCAAAAAAUACAAAGGUCAAAGCCUUUCAAAGACAGACUAAAAGUCUUAUAUAGGUGCCAACAUGGCAAAAUCCAAAGGAUGGUUAAAAUUCCUAUCGCUAAGGCCCUAGGGCAACACAUGACUCCCACACUUGGUUGCCUGUCACCUCUUGUAACAUAAUGACCUACUUGUUACCUAUUGAGCCACUUACCACGUGUGGGAGUCAUAUGUUGCCCUAGGGCCUUAGCCAUAGGAAUUUUAACCAUCCUUUGGAUUUUGUCAUGUUGGCAUCUAUAUAAGACUUUUAGUCUGUCUUUGAAAGGCUUUGACCUUUGUAUUUUUUGGUUGGCUCACCAUGUUCUUGUAACACUGAUGAUGCUCUUGUUACAGAGCGAACACGUUUUGUUUCUGUUUGUAGCCCUAUAGCGGUUUUUAAACUAAUAUACCUUUUACCAAACCAAAAAUUUUUUAUUAAAUUUUACUUGUAAUUAAUGGUAUACAGCCAGCUACAGGAAAUUCUUCCUUGUGGAGUUUUAAAAUCCUCAGCAGUUCCCUCUCAGUUCUUGCCAUUAGCACUACAUCGUCCGCAAAGGCCAGAACCUGGCUUCUGUUGUCAUCGAUCAUACCUUUCGUUCGUAUUCCACUCUCUCUUAAUAUUGUCUUCAACAAGAAAUUGAAGAGUACUGUGGACAGCGGAUCUCCCUGCGUUAAUCCCCUUUUAACUUCAAAUUUUCAUGUUGGGCUUCCUUCUAUCCUUACUCUAUUAUCGGUCUUCAUUAGGGUCAUUUUUACUAGUCUCAUUAUUAUUUAUAUUUAAUUUUGAACUGAAAUUUUCAAGUGAAAUAUCUUAAGAUAAUGUUUAAUAUAUUUCUUCUGUUGGUAACAGUGAAAGUGGUAUCCGAAAAUUGCAUGGAAAUAGCUGAUGUAAACAGAUAGCUAGGCAAGGGCGAUUUUAUGCAAAAAGGAUUUAAUAGCAUAAGACUUGUAUGGCCUAGAUGUAGAGCUACUUUUAGACUGCUCACGAGAAUUUGUAACUCCAUAGAAAUUCGUAAUAUGAAAAUUGAGAGAUGGCAUUUAUUUCUGUGAUUUAAUUUUGAUCGUUAGCACCAAAGUUUUGGGAAGGAAAUCAAAAGGGCUAGUUUUGUACAAACAAUAAUUUUAAUAUACUUUAUUAUGAAUUUCUAAUUUGUAUUUCGUCGUACUUAUUUGGGUGUUGUGUUUUUAAUUUUCGAGAUAAUUUUGUUCGGAACAAACUUUUUAUAUUCGGUUUUUACAAAUAAAUAAGGAUUGUGAUACGAAAUAGUCAAUGUCGUUAUUUUUAACCGUAUAAAUUUCGAAAGAGCUGAAACAUUUGAUCAAGGACUGUAGAAGAGUCUUAGAAUAAGGGGGAAGAAUGGUGCCAAUAACGAAUAAAUUUUGCCUUAAGCUGCACAUUUUCGGACUCUUAAAUUAAUAUAUCUUAAGUUUGUAUAUACUUCACUGUUAUUUAUUUUAUAAAUAAAAUAAGGUCUAUUUCAA